CAGAAGAGCUGACCUCGGCAUACAAUUAAACCUGGGCACGGGCAUAAAACUUUGAAGCUGCACAUGAUGAGAAUCGCAAUUCACAACGAAUACCUUGAAGCUGUGUUACAGAUUGACCUACUGACCUGCAUCAUGUCGCCACUCUGGGUUCUUGUACUGCUGCCAGCCUUGACCUUGGGAGAUACGGUCAGUGACGUGGUGACCUUGCACGCCAAGCUGGACGUCAACAGAGACGGUGACCUGUCCAAGGAGGAACUCCUGUCGGCUGUGAGGGUCUAUGAUUACAACAAGGACAACGCUAUGUCCAUGCAAGAGCUGUUUGACUUUUUGAACGCGAACGUCAUCAACUUGACCAAGGAGGCGAUGACCUGGGGCAAGUACAUCGACGUCAACAAGGAUGGGAUCGUCACCAUGGUGGAGUUUGACGCGGCCUUUCAGGCUAUAGACGGCAACUGGAAUGGGAAGCUGGAUAAGAUGGAGUUUCUGGGAUACGUCCUGAAAAUGAUACCAGUGCUCAUGUUUGGCUAGUGAGUACGUUGUUCAGGC